AUGGGCAUCGCUACCUUACAGAGAUAUGGUCACGGCUAUCUCCUCCACCAGCGGGACAGUCAUGAUGGCCACUCCGUCCAUUCACAGUUCGAGCUCGGCCAGAGUAGCGGUGGAGGUGAUCCUACGUCACCCAGAGAUGCAGAGGAUUACAUCAUCCACAAUUUAGUUGAAAUUUGUGGUAUUACGUAUCGUGUCAUAACCAGUGCCUACUAUCGAGGAGCUGUGGGUGCUUUGCUUGUGUAUGAUGUCACUCGGAAAGCUACAUUUAAGAAUGCUGCAAGGUGGUUGAGAGAGCUACGGGAGCACACUGAUCUGAAUGUUGUGGUCAUGCUGAUUGGUAACAAGUCAGAUCUUCGGCAUCUAGUUGCUGUUACUAUUGAAGAAGGGAAGGCUUUUGCAGAGCAGGAGGGUCUCGUCUUCAUGGAGACUUCUGCUCUUGAAGCAACCAAUGUGGAGCUGGCUUUCACUGAGGUUCUUACUCAGAUCCAUCGUAUCGUCAACAAGAAGGUUGUUGAUGCUGGUGAUGCUUCUGCAUCGGCUGUUCCAUCCCAAGGAGAGAGUAUAAAUAUAAAAAAUGAGACCUCGGCUUGGAAGAAGAUAGGCUGCUGCUCAAACUAGUUACUUACUGUAGUAAGUCUUUGCUGUCACACCUUUUUGUUUCGCUGGGAAAAAUCCU